AUUAACGAAGCUGCUGCUGAUCUGCUGAGUGAUGCUACAGCUGUUUAAAGAAGGCGACACUGGAAACGUUGUCUGAAAGCACAUGUUAAGGUUCAUAUGAUGCUUUAAAACUUCACAGUCGUUGAGAUGAACUAAAUAAACUGAAGCAGUCCCUGACAGAUUCCUCACGCAUGACGUCGCCUGUCAGCGGUUGCGUCCUGACACGUGAUUGGACGAGAAGCCUGAAGCGAAACAGCUGAUUUGUUUCAUUUGCGAGGUGAACUUCACCGGAGGAAAACAAAACAAACCAUCCAGAAAUCUGCUUUCAGUCUCCUAAAGUCACCUUGAAGUCGCUGUUUGUCCAAAUUAGCUGGGAAUCGGAAAGUUUUAGUGGUGGUUUGUUAGUUUGGUGUGAAUUCAUGGACACGUUUCCACUUUGAAACAUUCAACUGUGAGCUACGCUGAUCCCGAUCAUGAUGAACUUCUGCAGAGCUGCCAGUCGUGGUGGUCACACUGGCAAAGAAAAUGUCACAUCUUCAACCAAAGCAGAUGCACUGCAGGUCCAGAGAACCAAACAACGCACAGUGCUCGGCGUCUUGUCGGAAAAUGAGCAUCGUAGUCGAUCCGUCAGUCAGGGAAGCCAAUUAUCCAAACGCAGUUCAGUGUCAGACAGCUCCCAGCUCAACUUUCUUGGCUGUCCAUCCAGUUCCAGCUACGAUGUGUACGUCGAAGAGGCUUGUGAAGUGGUUCUUGCUGCGUCUGGGGAAGAAGUGGCCUUAGACAGUUUACAUGCUGAAACUGAUGCCCUGCAAAAUGAAGAUUUGAGACUCCUACUGGAGCUGAGUUCAAGUUCAUGCCAGGAUGUUUCCAUGCAGUCUGAACCAAAUGAAUCCCUGGUAUCAGAGGAGGGGUUUGGUCUGGAGUAUGCAGAAAAUAUUUACCAGCACUUGAGGGAGAGAGAAGUGAAGCUCAGCGCAAGACCAGACUACUUAGAGAGGCAUCCAGAGAUCACCGAUGGCAUGCGGACCAUUCUGGUGGAGUGGCUGGUUGAAGUUGUCCAGGAAUACAAGCUUCGCUCUGAAACUCUUCACCUUGCUGUCAACUACUUGGACCGCUUUCUCUCCUGCACAGCAUAUGUGAAACGGGGGAAGCUGCAGCUGGUUGGUACAGCUGCACUACUGAUCGCUGCAAAGUACGAGGAGAUCAUACCUCCUGAGCUGAAUGAGUUUGUGUACAUCACAGACAACACCUACACGAAGAAGCAGUUGAUCCAGAUGGAGCAUGUUUUUCUGAGGGUGCUGGACUUCAACAUGGCAGCACCAACCUCAAACCAGUUCCUUCACCUUUUCAUGUCCAUCCACUCGGUUUGUGCCAACACAAAGAACAUCGCCUUGUAUAUAACAGAGUUAAGUUUGCUAGAAAUUGGCCCAUUGCUGCAGUACUCCCCAUCUAUAGUGGCUGCUUCAGCCUACUGCUUAGCCGCCUACACUAUAAAUAGAUCUCUCUGGCCUGAUUCCUUAAUUUCCUUUACUGGGUAUACCAUGGCUGAAAUUGUGCCCUGCCUGACUGAGCUCCACAAACUAUACAUCAGUGCAGACAGCCGCCCACAACAGGUCAUCGGGGACAAAUACAAAAGUUCUAAGUAUUGUCGUGUGUCUUUGAUCACUCCACCUGCUGUUUUGCCUUCUUGCGAAUCACCGCUCCACUCUGCCGGUCCUUCUGCCAGAACAUAAUGACGCUAAGAACAAAACAAACACAGUGGAUUCAGCUCCAUACAUGCCACGCCCAUCUGGGCACUUCAUUAUCUUGAGAUGUUUUCUUAUAUUUUUUCUAGCAUAUCCAAUAAUACAAAAAAUAACUCUGCUUUGAGUAUGAAGUUGUGUCUAAUAGUUUAACUUUCCGAUACCAGACAUUACCUGCAUGACUAAAUGACUAUUUUCAUUGUAUCAAUUGUAUUUCAUUGUUUGACAAAGUAAAAGAUUCUUACUUUCUAUCUGUUGUUUAUUUUCUUGACUAAUCCAAUUUAUUAUUUGGUUUAUCAGAGACUAAUCAACAGUUAAAAUAACUUUCUCCACUAAAACUAAUAAACAUGAGGUCAAAUAGAAGGACGACGACAAGAAUAAAGUUUCUCAACAAAAACUAAAUCUGCUGGUGGAUUCCAUUAAAGUCCUAAUAAAAGAUAAUAAAGUGUGAUGCGAAAAGUUUGUGGCGCUAAAAAUCUCAAAGUAAAGAUACCAAGUUGAACAUCUGGAUGGAGGCUGAUAAAAGUUGACCUCUCUUCAUUUCUCUGGAGCCCACUCCAUGGAUUUUAGGGAUGCUGGUUAAAGACCUGGGGCCUCAUUUAUAAAACAUGAAUAUAUAUAUGAAUAUAAAUGUUUUGUCUUUUUAAAGGUUUAAUAAUCUAAUUAAAUGUUUCAUAUUUGUAAUAUUCUUGUUUAAUUGUAUUUUUUAAAUGUUUGAUUACCUAAAGUAUUUCAUCUUGAAUGUUUAAUAUUUGUUUUUGAAAAAUAAUUUCAUAAUUACAUGUUUUGUAUCUUGUUUAAUUAUGUAAUUAAAUAUUUUGUCUGUUUAAUAUAAUUGUAUUUAAUGUGUAAUUUACUUUCUAAAAGUUUUAUUGGAUUAAAUGUUUUUUCCCAUUGA